AGUGUUGCCAGUACGAAAUUGUUUCCAUUGAUGCUUUGCCGCUAGCUCUUAAAGUUCUUUAAAUUGGCGGUUCCGUUUUUAUCCAUACAAAUCGUAAAAUCAAAACAAAAUGGAAAUAGACGAUCUUUCGGCGAUUUUGUCGCUGUUUGAACGCAAUGUUAACAAAUUACGAACUAAUUUAAGUGCCUAUCAAGUUGAAGUAGAUGCUGUACGUCAGACGCUUCAAGAAAGCUGGUCGCAUGUUGGGCGCGCAGACGGUCGCAUUAUUUCUGUUCACGAUGCCCUCCUAGGCAGCGUGAACGAGGUCAACGAAUAUAUAAUCAAAUUGAAUUUACGCAUUAAGCUGAACGGAGCAUUUGGCAUUUUCAAGAAUGUGGAUGCCAAAGAAGUUCUUAAUAAUCUACGGCGAAAAUCCUUGGAGCACAACAAUUUUAAAGUGAACCACACAAAUCUGGAUGGCAUCGAGGUGGGCGAGCUGGACGUACAUUUAGUAGGCGCCAAGCAGUCAGAAACUGAGUUCAAAGCUCGCGAAGGCUUAAAUGGGACUGCCUCAUCUGUGCGGCUUGUUACAGCACAGGAAAAUUGUAAGCUGGAAAGCCCCUCGAUCCCAGCUGCACCCACUGCUCCACCCAAACUACCCAUCCCUCCACGCCAGGCAAAACUGCUGCCACCCAAAGGCGGCAGGCAAACGACAAGCAAUGAAACGUACGAUCAGCUGUUGAAGAACAUAAGUAGCUUUGCCGAAGAUAGCAUUGUGCAGGUUACAAUGAUGCAUCUCAAUAUUGCGGAGAAUUGUAUUUUCGUGGCCAAGUGGGGUCAGGAAUCAACGCCGUUAAAAAAGUUGCUGGCGUGCCAAAUGCCAAUACAGGAACUAAAUCAGCUGCCCGAUUUUGGAGAGGUAUUUGCUGUCUAUGAUGCUCAGGAGCAGAUAAUACCACGUGUGGUGAUCAAUGCACACACUGAGGGUGGCGGCUACGAUGCCUAUUUACUGGACUAUGGCGAACAUAUUCACUUGGAUGACGAAGAGGUAAUCUUUUCGCUACCCAAUGAAGUGAAGGUGCUGCCGGCCGAGGCUGUCAGAUGCUUUGUUCGCAAUCGGGAAGUUGGUAGCAUGCGUCAGUUUACCUAUAAAAAUGUGAGGGUGCGUGUUUUGGAAAACAGUGGCAACGAUCUAGUGGUUGAGCUCAUGGAGGAUGGACAUCCUGAAGAAGAGACACAGUCAUCAAACCGUUUUGUCAGCCAUGAAAAUACUCGGAAAAUCAAUUUGGAUCUGGAUUUAGAGGAGCAAGCGAAACCCAUGGAGAACAACAUCGUAAAAGAAACGCAAUCGGCAAAAACUGAGCAACAAUUAGCAGAACCAACUGUAAAAUUGUGUCCAGCAGAUUUGGAAAUGCUAGAGAACAUUGAGUGCGGCACUAGUGAUGCGCUCAAGGCGGUGCUGGGCUUUAAACCCACAGACGAUCAACGUAUUUGCCGCCAUUACGAUCCAAAGAUCAAUGGGUGUUUUAAAGGAACUAACUGUCGCCUGUUGCAUCAGCCUUUUGCGCCACAUGGCGCUACCAAGGACACCGAGCUGGUUGAAGCAUUGCCUGACAGCAUAUAUAUAUCUCCGGCGCCCAGAGAUUUGGGUAGUGUGGUGCGCGUGCUGGUCACGUAUAUCAAGAGUCCAACCGAGGUGUAUGUGCAGUUUGUAGAUGACCUGCCGCCGCUGGUUUGGAGCAAGAAAGAAGUGCCCGAGUCGCAGUGUAAAUUUAAACGGUCGCCGCAUGUGCUGGACAUGGUGAUAGCGCUUUACACCGAUGACUGUUACUAUCGGGCGCAGAUCAUUGACGAGAUCGACGGGGUAUUUAAAAUCUUUUAUGUGGACUAUGGCAACACGGAGUUUGUCACCAUAAAGUCGCUUGCAACAUGCAGCGAUGCCAUUAGCCUAAAACCGUUUAGGGCAAACAAUUGCUUGAUUGAGGGCGUUAAGCGCAGUUCCUUGGCUUCGCAACAACAAAACGCCGAGUGCGUAGAGUUCCUUAAAAGUGUAAUUCUCAAUUCAGAGUUCGAUGUAAUGCUGAUAAGCCAUAUGCCCGAUAAUGGGUAUGUGAUCAAGUUCUUGGAUCGUUAUGCUGAUGUGCCCAAGCAGAUGAUCAAACGUGGCUACGUGGAGCCCACCACCGAUAAUCUGCAGCACAGCGACAAUAGUGUAGAACAGGCCUGAACGAACACUAACUAUAGUAGCAUUUUCUUUACCUAUUAGUAGUAACUAUUAUAGCUUGUAAAAUUCUAUAUCGGCGUCAUGCCGGAUGAGGAAAGCGGCGGAUCUUGUCGCCGAUGUCAAAAACUUUUGAGAAGUCGCAGCAGCUGGGUAGUUUUUAUUUGCGUAGUCGCAUUAGUUAUGACAUUGAGCUAUGUGCUCUACCCGAGAAAAACGUAAAAUACAACUAAUACGCCAUGGAGGAACCUUUUAUUUUUUUUGCAACUCCUGCUUAUAAAUCUUCUGUCUGGCGAAAGGUGUUUCUGUUCGCAGCCCAUUGAAGUGAAGGUGCUGCUGGCCGAAGUUAUCAGAAGCCUAGCGGGAACUUGGCAGCAUGCAUCAGUCAUCAACACCUAUAAAGAUGUGAGCGUGCGUGUUCUGUGAGUGUUGUUGGGGACAGUGACAACCAUCUAGUGGUUCUUGGAGGACGGACACCCUGAGGCAACGACGCCUUCAUCAAUUCAUAUUAUCAGUCUUGAUAGUGUGAUCAACUUAGAUCGCUGCGGACGUGCUCAAGCAGGUGAUUUAACUUCAAAGAAACUACCUUGGAUAAUGGGAUUUGGGCAAAAAAAUGUGUGAAAUUAACCCCGAAAUUGGCGAUGCAACAAACAGAAUCUAAAAUAAGUUUA